AUGGACGGUCGGAUCGGCCGCACGAUAAGGUGUAAUGCGGUGGAUGCACUACAGCCUCUCCGGUUGAUUAAAUUGGUACUUAUCGGAAUCAUCCUCGUACAGCCCCAAAUCGAGCAAACCUCAUCGCGAGCUUGUGAGCGACGACAACGCAACCAACAGAGGGAUGAUGAGCAUUUGGAGGAUCGAAUAAGCCAGCUGCUGGAUGAAAUUCUUGCCUGCAUUUUAUCCCUCCUAGAACUUAGAGAAGCAGGAAGAAGCAGUGUGCUUUCACAUAGAUGGAGGGAUUUGUGGAAAUUCACCACCAGUUUGAUGUUUAUCAGGUUGGUUGGAAUGCUAGCCACGAGAGAACUUACUCUCAAAAACCUGAGGUUGGAGCUCAGGGCGCUAAGGAAAAAAGCUCCGCUGCAAAAAUGGCUCUAUCAUAGUUCGGGGGACCCUUCAAGGUAGUUGGUUCGGUGUUUACAAAGGAUGAGUACGUCAAAGCUGGUAUGCAACUUCAAAGUCUGGUCUGUAAAGCGACCGAAGCUGAUGAGAAAUUGAAGGUGCUUAAGGAGUCGAUUGCUUCAGAGGAAGCAAAAAAAGCUAAGGAAAAGUUGGAAAUUUUGGAGGAGGAGACUGCUCUCAAAGCGGCUCGUAGUGUAGCCGUUCCAAAUGCUUCGAGACAAUGAUUGCUGGGGCGUUUGCUAUGAACAUCCCGUGUCAACUGUGCGAUACUGAUGGGGUAUUCAACACCUUCGUUGGAGUUCUUACUGCUGCCUGUGUCUUACUUUUCCUGCUUGUUCUUGGAUAUGCCAGAUGGAAGAAGCUGCUUGGAUCAUGAGUUCCCUCAUAAUCUACUACUCCUUGUCUUGUAUAGAUUACAGAUUUAGAGAUUUAAUUUGUUCCUCAUUCCUUGAAAAAUCUUCUAGUUAUAAACUGCGGAUCAGGUCCAUAUCAAAGUGCCUUUUGUCUGGUAUAUUUAUUUUAUAAAUCACUUGUUGGGUUAUAGUUAACGU